CUUCCUUUACUUUUCUCUUCCUUUCCUCUGUUUCCAUGGAAAUCGCCUCAGAAUAAUACACAAAUAGAGAAGACAAAGCUUCUCGAUGGCCGCACUCCUUUUCCUCCCCUGGAUUAUGAAGACAAAGCCUCAAUUGCUCGCCUUCUCCUGUCAUCUGACUCUAUAAUUUCCAACUUUAACGUCCUCAGCGUCCUGAUCUCGUCCAAGGUCUCGCCUUUCAUCGCCGUCGGAGCCAGGUAAAAUAUUGUUUCGACCCAAAGGCGACAGCUUUCUACCAUGAGGUCUGAUCCACUCGAAGCGUCGGCUUGGGUGGCCGAGUCGAAGCCCCAGAAGAGAUUCUCCAAUCUGCGGAGCGUCCGGUGGCGAAUCGAUCUUCGGGUGCUGCCAAGUUCGCCGUUAGCCACUAUUGAUGAUCUCCGGCGCGCCGCCGCGGAUGCCCGAAGGAGAUAUGUAAAUCUGAGACGCCGUCUUAUGAUAGGCCAUCAUGCCCAAAAAGAUGGCAAUGCAUCUGCUAAUCGUAUCAUCGAUAAUCCUCUUUCACAAAAUCCAGAUAGCACAUGGGGCCGCUUCUUCAGUUAUGCAGAGUUAGGGAAGAUGGUUGACCAAGAUUUAUGCAGGUUGUACCCUGAGAAUGGCGACUACUUUCACUCGCCCAAUUGCCAGGCUACACUAAGGAAAGUAUUGGUAUUAUGGUGUCUGCAACACCCAGAGUAUGGUUAUAGACAAGGAAUGCAUGAGUUAUUGGCUCCCCUCUUAUACGUGCUUCAUGUUGACUUGGAAAAUUUGUCUCGAAUAAAAAAACAAAAUGAAGAUUGCUUUAAUGAUGAAUUCAAUGGGAUCUCACUGCCAGAAAGUGACUUGCUCUCUAAUGACAGGAUUCGAAGAGUCAGAAAUUGGGACUCUGGUAUUGAGGUAGAAAGUAAUCUUCGCAAAAAGGUUACUGACAAUACUUUGGAUGCACUAGAUCCCAAUACAAAAGAAAUGCUUUCACUGAGUGAUUCUUAUGGAGCAGAAGGGGAGUUGGGUGCUAUAUUGUCUGAAAGAUUUAUGGAACAUGAUGCGUAUUGCAUGUUUGAUAAUUUGAUGGAUGGAGCCCAAGGUGUGGUUGCCAUCGCAAGUUUUUACUCGACUGUAGUAGGAUCAAACACAACCAUCUCUCCCACCAUUGAAGCUUCGUUGGCAUUAUAUCAUUUGCUAUCCAUUGUGGAUUCAUCCCUCCAUAGUCACCUUCUCGAGCUUGGGGUUGAACCACAAUACUUUGCUCUCCGAUGGUUGCGUGUUCUAUUUGGGAGAGAGUUUUGCCUCAAUAAUCUUCUGAUCAUUUGGGAUGAACUAUUCUCUUCUUCAAAUGAUAGUUGCGUAGAAAAUGUUGAUGAGUGCAGAUUUUAUAUUCUAUGCUCCGCUCGAGGGGCAUUUAUUGCCGCUUUUGCAGUGUCAAUGCUUCUUUAUCUGAGAUCUUCGCUUCUAUCUGCAGAAAUCACAACAUCUUGCUUGCAACGGUUACUGAACUUUCCUGCACACCCUGACAUGAAGAAGAUCAUAGAGAAGGCCAAAUCGUUGCAGGUGCUUGCCCUUGAAUCUACUUCAACUUUGUCUAAGACGUCGCCGUAUCUGAGGCCAGAUAAUUAUUGGGAAGAGCAGUGGAGAGUGUUGAAUAAGGAUGAAGAACUUAGUCGAAAAAAUGGCAUCUCAAAUGCAAGUGGAAGUAUAAAGAAGAUAUUGACUGGCAAAUUGAGUUUAUCUAGAACAAAGUCUGAAGCAUCUGCGAAUGCCCAUGCCGAUGCCAAGUUUUCUGUUAGGCGGAGACUUUUUGAUGACAUGCCUAAAUCCACUGAAGAUGAAAAACAUCAGGAUAUCUCCAAUAGUUGCGAGGCUUCUACGAUUUCAUCUGACACAAACAGCGGGAUGUCUUCUCUGGCAAUUCUGGCAGACAAUUGCAUGGCUGAAGAAACACUUUCAAAUGGGGAUAGCUCUUUGGUUCUUUCUAUAUCUACUAAUCCUCAUGAAAUGGAUAACGACCAUGAAAAUGAAUCGGUGAAGAGCAGUGUGACUUCAAAUUCAUUUUGCGGCGACAACAGCGAAGAAGCAAUUUCCACAGAGGAGCCUUGUUAUCCGAAUAGCGAAGAUGGGCAGGUAAAUAAUAUGGAAGAACCUUGCAGCCAAAAUCUUAAUGAGCAGUUGACUCAAGGUUCUGAAGCCAAUUCAUCCGGGGUUAUUGAUGCUUCCUCGGAACAAAUAGCCGCUGCAAAGGACCGGAAACCAUCUCCUGGUAAGUUCAAGUGGCUUUGGAGCUUUGGUAGAGGCGGCCAUCCCGAAGGAAAUCAAGAGUCACAACACUCUUCCAAUCCCGAGCAUAUCGAAAAGGAUAGCUCUGACAUGUCGACUUGUGAUGAAACCAGUACAUACUGUGGGGCAACUAAGAGGCCCGAAGCCAGAGAUAAAAAAGUAAUAGACAGUUUGCGAAAUCUUGGUCAGUCCAUGCUCGACAAUAUUCAGGUGAUCGAGACAGUCUUCCAGCAAGACAAAGGCAAACUCGAUUCGUUGGAUAAUUUAUCGAGCAACAUUGUUAAAGGUCAGGGAAGAGCUAUAGUAGCUUUAAAAGAACUGCGGAAAAUUAGUAACUUGCUCCAAGAGAUGUAAGAAAAUUUUGUAAUUAAUAUCCAUUGUAAUUACAUUCUUCAUUCUUCUAUGCAAGUUAUAGAAGUGUAUGUAUAUUUAGUGUUUCGAUUACUUGUAGCACAACUCUUGAUGCUCGAUCAGCGUAUAAUGGAUUCGAAUCUAUUGAGGAUUCAAAGCGGUUUACUA